AUGUAUUCGGGUCCGUGGGCGAAUAUAAAUCAAGGACUCACCGGUACUGCUCGAGACAUCCUUGCGACUUACUGGCAUCAAACGAUCACCGCCCUCGAAACCGAAAGCCAUGAUUUCAAGCUUCACCAAUUACCUCUUGCGCGCAUCAAAAAGGUCAUGAAAGCAGAUCCAGAAGUCAAAAUGAUCAGCGCUGAGGCCCCUAUUCUGUUUGCGAAAGGCUGCGACAUAUUCAUCACCGAACUGACCAUGCGCGCUUGGAUUCACGCAGAAGAUAACAAGAGGCGGACCCUACAACGCUCGGACAUUGCAGCCGCAUUAGCAAAAAGUGAUAUGUUCGAUUUCCUGAUCGAUAUCGUCCCCCGAGAAGACUCACAAGGCCACAGCAAGCGAACGGGACAAGGCGCCGCAGCGCCUCCUCCAGCAGCUGCAGCGCCAGGCGUGCCUCAACCGGGUGGACAGAUGCCGCAGCAGCCUCCACCACCACAGCAGCAGCACAUGGAUUAUGGCGCUAUGGGUCACCCUGGCACAAUGGGCCAGCCAGAUCAGGAGUACAGGACACAACCCAUGGGAUAUCCUACCCACGUUCCUGGUACAGAUCCCACUGGCGGGUACGGCAACGUCAACCCUGGUCAGCAGAUGACGUUCGAGGGCAUGUAUGGACCUUACGGGCAUAUGCCAUCGCAGCAGAACGACAUGCAACCCUGUCGUUACAAUCGUAGAGCCUUAGAGGGUAAACCAUUGACCUUCAACUCUCACAGGCGAGCUUUUUGCAACUCUAGUCUCCGAGGCCGUCGCUGGACCUACAGCAGUGCUUUGCGUGAUGCUCCGUCGCGGAUCAUAUUCUCUGGCGUUCAGCCCACAGGGGUCCCCCAUCUUGGUAAUUACCUUGGUGCCUUUCGACCAUGGGUUCGACUACAGAACGAAAGAUCAAAGAAUGAUAUACUCAACUUCUCAAUUGUUGACUAUCACGCCCUGACCGUUCCGCAAAACCCUGAACUGCUUUGGAAAUGGAAUCUAGAGACAUAUUCCGCUUUGCUAGCUGUUGGCCUGGAUCCCAAGAUAUCACGAAUCUUCUUUCAGUCAAGAGCAAGCUAUGUACCUGGCAGUGUUAAUGUGGCAGGGCAUACGGAGUUGAUGUGGAUCCUCAGCACCUUAGCUUCAACCGGAUACUUGUCACGAAUGACACAGUGGAAGAGCAAACUGAAUCUGCCUGAGGAUGCUUCCUUACAUGACAGCAGUGCAAAGUCUGCCCUGAAACUGGGAUUGUUCUCCUAUCCAGUGCUUCAAGCCGCAGAUGUUCUGCUCUACAACGCUACCCAUGUCCCUAUUGGAGAAGACCAGCAGCAACAUAUCGAGUUCGCCAGGACAUUGGCCAACAGCUUCAACCACACUUAUGGUCAAAAAUUCUUCCAGAUUCCACAAGCUAUGAUCUCGCCUGCCAAACGAAUCAUGUCUCUCACAGACCCGACCAAGAAGAUGUCCAAAUCGGAUCCCAACCCAAAUUCGAGAAUACUCAUCACAGACAACGAAGAGACUAUACAUCGGAAAUUCCGCACAGCGCUGACAGACUCACAAGAAGGCAUUUCCUACGACCUCGAAAACCGUCCAGGAGUAUCAAAUCUACUUGACAUCUUACGUCACGUCCGGAACGAGGAAGUCCCAAUCCAAGAACUAGCGGCUGAGUUCAAAAACUCUAGUCUACGCUCCCUCAAAGAAUCGGUGGCAGGUGCGGUCGCAAAAGCGCUUGAAGAAGUCCGAGAAAACUAUUUGCGGCUUUGUUCGAAAGGCUCGCCUCGCCAGUCUGAAAUGAACAGGAGUCUAUUCGUAGCCAAGCUUACGGCGAGUCGUACUAUGCAAGCAGUUAAAGAGACGAUUGGGUUACUCCCUCGAAGCGAUAGAUCAAGGCCCCUCCAUAAGAACUUUAACCCUCGCAAGAAGAACAAGUCGCGAUGGAUGAUUAUGACUACCUCCGUGGAUCUACAUUACAAGCGUAAUGCAAAGCGUUGCUUUGAUCUGUUCAACAAGCUCGAUGUGCUUUUUGUAUACUUCCGAAGCAGCAUGGUCUCCAAUUUGCAAGCAGACGAGCUACAUCGUCGAGGUGUGGACAUCUGUCAAUUCAAUCUCAUUGAAGAAACGAACCGGGGAAAUGAGCAUCUGGACACCUCCGACAAGCAACCUCAAAUUCCAAGACUCUCGUUUGAUGACAGCUCCCCAAUUGAAAACGAUGCUUACGAGAUCUGGCGUGCGAUCUAUGAUCAGCUUUUCUGUCUUGGGUAUCCAGGAGAAAAUGAGGAAGACAUCUUGUAUGCAUAUGAGUUCACAUCAUGGAAGCCGGUCGGAGCUCGCAUUCUUCAAGCAUACAUGUCUCCAGAGCACCAACGCUUGCAGGUUCGAUACAGCGAGUUUCUCGAUUUUCGCAACCUAACAAAAGAAUGGCUGAAUAUCUCCGUGCGCUGGAUGCUCAAUGAGCCGGUGGGAUUGCCGUUAACGCCAUUCGAAUCGAAUCCAUCUACGCAGUACGAAAGCUCGGAUGACGAGGAUGGGUCUCUGGCAUCUGAAUCGUCAGAAACCGAGACGGGUACCUCAGAUGGAGAUUGA